AUGGAGAAAGAACAAGUCCCCGGGCAGAACGACAUCACAAGAAAGGUCACUCCACCCCGUCCGAUUCUCAGACGCUCGCCAUACUUUCAGAGCGAGAAUGGCAGAGAUAAUACCGCAUCUCAACACCCUUCAAAUCUGCCAGCAUCCGGAUCAUUGAACUCCUCACGAGACACGUCCCCCUAUCGAAUAUACAACUACCCCCAAGAGAUACAUCCCAGUUUGGAAAUGGUCUUGCCAUGGGAGAAAUCACCCAGUAGUUCAAUGGCCCAUGAGUCAACACCAGAGAGAGACGCGAAAAGCAUUGAAGAUGGUGAUACGGAUAUGGACGGGGGUUUCGCGUCGAAUGCCAGUAAACCGUUGAGACAUAUGGGUAACUGUCGAUAUGUCUUGAGAUCUCCUGGCAACAAGUCCAGACAAGACAAGUAUGACGCCGCAUCGUCGUCUCCCGUUCGAAGAAUAGAAAACACGCCAGAAUUAGACGAUGAAGAAAUGGUCGACCACCUUACAAAUGAAUUCCACGUCGUAGCAUUGGGACGAAAAUCGAGCGGUCCGCUGCCCGUAAACCCUCUCGGUGAUGAUCUGACAAUGAGUCCCAUUUCCAGCAGCCGGGAGGAUAUGCCGAUAGUAUCAGUCACGGAGAUGGAAGCUGAAGAUCCCGACCUCGAUAAUUCCGCAAAAAUUGACGAUCUCGUAGACAUCUUCGACACGGCACGCGGAAGACCGGAUAGGAGAAAUACGCAAUACAUCCGCGAAAAACAAGAGAUCGCCGACAACAAACGCGUUCUCACAACCCAGGAUAUCCUCCGUAUCUCCCGCUCAAACAGCACCACGCUCCCGGAGAUCCAGGUGAGUGAGGAGGAACUCCUCAACACGACGUAUGUGAAUACGAAAGUUGCGCCGUGUAUUUGCGUGUUUGGGGCCUGGAAACAGGAUGAGAGGUGUCAGUGGCCGUUUCAUACGCCGGCUGAACCGGUGGACGGGUUGUGGUGGGAUCAGGGCGCGAAGAAGAUGGGUGGGAUGGAGAGGAAGAGGGGGAGGGAGAGGAGUGGGAGUGUGUCGCCGAGGUGUGUUAAGAGGAGGAGGAAUACGUUGAGUUGA